GAGAUCCAAGGUUUAUUGUGAUUUUGGAGAUCUUUUCAAAAAGCCAUGGGAACUCAAUUGAAAUUAAGCACAGCAUACCACCCACAAACCGAUGGGCAGUCUGAGAGGACUAUUCAAGUGCUCGAAGACAUGCUAAGAGCUUGUGCGUUAGAUUUGCCUGAGAGUUGGGAUGAUCAUCUUCCCUUGGCAGAGUUUGCUUAUAAUAAUAACUAUCAUUCCAGUAUCAAAAUGGCACCUUAUGAGGCUCUUUAUGGCAGGAGAUGUAGAACUCCAAUUUGUUGGGCAGAAGUUGGCUAUGGAAGAGUAAUGGGGCCUGAUUUUGUGCAACAAACAACAGAAAAGGUGAAAUUAAUUCGGCAGAGGCUUAAAGUGGCUCAAGACAAACAAAGGAGUUGUGCAAACAAUAGAAGGAGACCUCUGGAAUUUGAAGUUGGAGACCUCUGGAAUUUGAAGUUGGAGAUCAUGUAUUUUUUAAGGUGUCACCAACUAAGGGAGUGUAUCGGUUUGGUUUGAAAGGAAAACUCAGUCCGAGGUACAUUGGCCCGUUUGAGAUUCUUGAAAGGGUAGGUGAAGUGGCUUAUAGAAUUGCAUUGCCUCCAAAAUUGUCAAAUGUGCAUAAUGUAUUUCAUGUGUCGGUUUUGAGGAAGUAUGAGCCGGAUCCUUCACAUGUCAUAAACUAUGAACCAUUAGAGUUGAAGGAAGAUUUGAGUUACACCGAACAGCCAAUACAAAUUUUGGAUAGGAAAGAAAAAGUUCUGAGGAACAAGACUGUGUCCUUAGUGAAAGUGUUGUGGCGGCAUCAUUCUGAAAAUGAAGCUACAUGGGAACUUGAAAGUCAGAUGAGGGGGCAGUAUCCAAAUCUAUUUUGAUCAAUAGAUCGAGGUAGCAGCCUCUCGGUUUAGGAGCUUUUGGCACGGGACUCGCAUGCUCGUUGUAUGUACAAGCUAGGGCCUCGUGUUUUUGAUAAGGAGGCAAAUCAAUGAGCAGUGUUUGACCAUUAGUGCUGGCACAGUUAAUGUAGAAUGGUCUAGGUUUUAGGUUCUCAAAACUAAGGGCUUUAGUUUAAGUUCUUUUUCUUUUGCUUAUGCCUUUAGUCUUGAUUUAUCAUAUGGGUGCUUGUUUUCAAAUAGGUCUAUUCUCCCAUGCCUCCACAUGGCUUCUUGGCAUCAAGUCCCCAAGCACCUCCAUAUAUGUGGGGGGUUUAGCAUAUUAUGCCUCCCUGUGGUACCCUUCCCCAUCCUUAUGUUGCAAUGUAUCCUUAUGGUGUGUAUGCACAUCCAUCUAUUCCUCUAGUAUGUUAUUGUCCAUUAUGCGUUAUUUCUAGUCUCAUAUUUCAUGUUACCCCAUUUGACACAUUCUAAUUUCAAAUAGGGAUCACAUCCUUUUAGUCCUUUUGCCAUGCCUUCUCCAAAUGGUAUUGAUGAGGCUUCUAUGAAUUCACUAUUGUAUUGUUUUUGACAAGAAUUCCAUGCCCAUGCCUGAUAUAUACUAAAUUUCAAAUUC